AAUCAGUAGGUGUUCUAAAACUUUUGACCAGUAGUGUAUGUAUUUAUAUUCAGGUCUCUGGUCAGGAAGCUAAUUUCCUGCAAUUCUAUCCAUUAUGCCAUGGGGUUUUGUUCUGUGCACUUAAAUACUGUAUUCUCAACAUAGCUCAUUCUAAUAUAUCUACUGAUAUACCUAUCAUUCUUAGUAUAUAUUGUGUAAAUGCAUCUGGUGUAAAUAUGUACAGAUUACACUUGGAAUGCUGUUAAUUUUACAUUUUACUGCUCAACUGUGUACGCGACCAAUAACCUUUGAUUUGUGUGUGACAUGUCUUUGACAUCGACUGUCUGCAAUUAUCAACAGAACCACUAGAGGGCAGUCCUGCCCGCAUAGGCUUGUGAUUGUAUGCCGUGGUGAAAGUCCUAAAAAUAGUAAGGGUCCUGAGGUUGCACAGCCUUCUUUCUUCCAAACCCUCUUGCAAACUUUCAGUUUCUGAUUUUGAGCCAAAAUUGUCCAAGCAUUUUGUCUGUAAAGCUUCAGGGAGUAGUAGGUGUGUGUGAGUACUGUCCUCUUACUGUCUCUCACUGAGGAGGAUCUGUUACAUUAUUCAUUUUAUUUUAUGAACCUUUAUUUAAGUAGGCAACAUUAGCCAGGCUUUUAAUCGAUUUGCCUGUCUUGCUCUGCUCCUGGUCAAGCCCAUGGGACUGACUACUGUACACGUGAGCUCUUUGUCCUCUCCCCACUGUUCACCUCUAUCUGACUUUGGUCUUCUCAUUUCUCUCUCUCUCUCUCUCUCUCUCUCUCUCUCUCUCUCUCUCUCUCUCUCUCUCUCUCUCUCUCUCGCUUUUCCUUUUUCUUAUCUCUCUCGUCCUCAUUUCUCUUUCACUGUCUCUCUUGCUUUUCCUCUUAUUUCUCCUAAUUUCCUAUUUCAUCUAUUUUCUCCAAAGACUCGGUUCUGGAUUACUGAUCCGCUGAUCUGACCAUUUGCUGUAGAAUGGGACCCUCAAACCACAAGACUUCACUUAAGAGGCUGAGUUAGUUGUCCUGUCUUUGGAUGGACCCUCAUCUUAUUGGCUACCCAUUAUUGGCCACCCGAAUGGGUGUGGUCGUAGUGGAGAAAACUGAUGAGAGCGACCAAUGGUAUGAAGACUUCCAGUGUUGGGUCUCUUCAGGUGAGAGGGGCCCCCAGUCCAGCCCCGUCACCCCCCACCGCAACCCUGUGACCCCUCAGCCCAGCCCUGUGUCAUCAGAAGGGGACGAACCUGGACAAGGGAGGAAGGUGUCUUUCUUUAAUGACGUCACUGUCUAUGUGUUUGAUCAGGAGAGUCCCACCAGGGAGCUACAAAGUCACUGGCCAGAGACCAACAGCAAAGAGACCAAGGGUCAAUCUCCAGUACCAAUUUACAGACACACACCUGAGACCAAUGAUCAAUCCCCAAUCCCGCCCUGCAGCUAUGUCAACCAUCUACCUCACAUGGCAACCUCAGGGGUCUGCUUAAAGGACAAUGGUCAUGGUUUAGAAUGGGAGGAUGACUUCUCCUUCUUGGACAGCUCUCUCAAAACCAAGAUGGCCGAUCACCAUCUUAUAAUAUCAGAAUCCAGUAUAUUUUCCGCAUCCCCUCACCAGACCUCCACAUCCUCACACCAGAGGUGGAGUUGUCCAUCCACCCAUGCCUGCUCACAGUUGAGACCUUCUAGUCUGGUCCUCACCCACGUCACUGAUGCUGACCUGGAGCAGUAAGUAUCCGCCACUGGGGAUGAGGAGAUGGAGGCCUAACAGCGUGUUUGCUGAAGGAAGACAAUGUGAUGGAAGACAAAUCUCCAGAUAAACAGAAGAACAGAAGAGCUCAACAGUGGGACCUUGCUGUUUCACCACUAGUUAACACUACACAUACUCCCUUUACAUUCUAUGGGCCUGACUAAGGGUCCAACUGCAGGGGUGAUAAACCAUCCCUUUUCAGGCUACUGUACCACCAAGAGUCAGUUGUUUACCUUUCAGGGCUGUGCCUGUCUCCCAAUAAGGUUUAGCCUACGACACGUUAACAAUAACAGAGGACUCUGAUGAUCAGAACAUAGCAAUGGUGACCUGAUAAUCCUACAUUGAAUAAAUGGGUUCCAAAAAUGGGAAUCUCUUGAUUCACUCAUAAAGUAUUUGACAGCCUGCAUAUUUAAAAUGUAAGAACAUUUU